AUGGAUAUUGAAUAAAUAAUUUGGGUCGAAGAAUAUAUUUCUUCUAGAAAAGAAUUUUCUAUUAAUGUCAAAAACCCUGAUGGUUUAAAAUUAUAUUUAAAAGAAGGAAAAGCUGAAAUCCACGGUCGCGAAUUACCUUUACACACUUUAUAGCAAUUUUAAAAAGGCGAAAGAUUCUGUAUAUAUACCUGGUCUGAAUCAACAAUAUGUUUAGAAUAUAAAAAUGACGAAGAUUUUUUUUAUUUAACAGACUAAACAAAUUAUUCUACAUAUAUAAAUAUAUCAUAAUAUAUCAAUGAAUUAAGAUAAGAAGCUUAAGAAUUUCCUUUUAAAAUUGGACCAAGAAUAUUAGUAUGUGGUGGUAAAUAAAGCGGUAAAACUACUAUAGUAAAAAUAUUUACUAAUUAUGCCUGUAAAUUAGGCUGGAAACCUAUAAUGGUGGAUUUAGAUCCUGAUAUGAAUUCUAUAUUAACAAGUUGCUGUAUAGGUGCUGUUGUUUAUAGAGGUAUUGGUAAUUUAUACGUAUGUUGA